UCGAGCAUAGUUCUUUAAAAUCACUCACGGUACACGUUACACGUCUUAAUGAUAUACAUUGUGUGCAUCGUACGUGAGAAAACUCCCAUUGAAAUUGAUAGAAUCGCUUUUUGCCAUAGCAGUAUUGCGCCAAAGGUUGUACUCUUAAGUCGUGUAAAAUGUGGAAGUUCAUGACAUUGACGUUUGUCAGUUUAGUCUCGACGGCGCCAACCACUCUGGACGUUAACGAUUUCGCACCAAUCAACCAGUUCGCCUUACGACUACUAGAUAAUACUUACGCGUAUGUAAAAAACGAUCCGAAUAAAUUAAGGCAAAAUAUAGCGAUAUCACCUCUCUCAGUGUGGAGCAUCUUCUCUUUGCUAGCAGAAGGUUCGUCCGGAGAUACUUUCCUGGAGUUAAUGAAGGAACUGCGACUUCCUAGAGAUCUGAGAUCAACACAAGCGUUACAUCUAGCUGCUAGGAAUAUUUUGAAGUGUGGUGAUAAAGAUGUGCUCUUAAAUGGAAAAUCUGUUAUGUUUUCUGAUUGUUCUCUAGAGAUUCAUCCUGAAUUUUGCAAAGCAGCUAUCACAUACAGUACUGAUAUAUACUCAGUGGAUCCUAGCAACACUACCAAGCUCGCCAACGAUAUAAAUUACUUCAUAUGUUUAGCGACAGAAGGAAGAAUAUUGAAUGUAAUUAAACCUGAAGUUUUGGAGAACCUCCGAAUGGUUCUCAUCGAUGCUCUGUACUUUAAAGCUAAUUGGACGAAUCAGUUCGAUCCCGCAGAAACAAAAGUCGAGUCAUUUUAUAAUUCUCAGGGGAAAAGAACAGGAUCUGUGAAUAUGAUGUACCAAAAAGGGAACCACAGUUUUGGAGACGCAACCAGUAUAGAGGCUCAGGUGUUGGAGUUGACUUAUGGUCGAGAUCGACAAUUCGCCAUGCUUAUACUAUUACCGUUUGAUGGUGUUUCAAUACAGACAUUAUUGAAAAAUCUAGCGACUCAUUCUCUGAGUUGGAUGAAGGAAUAUAAAUUGUCCACGAAUGUUCCCGACGUGGAAGUCUACGUGCCAAGAUUCAAGAUGUCUUCACAGACAGAUUUAAUACCACCGCUACAGUAUUCCGGGAUUAUUUCCAUUUUUGACAAACAGAGAGCGCAGUUGCCUGGAGUGUCUAAUAGUCCUUUAUUUGUGUCUAAAACUAUUCAGAAUGUUGACAUUGAAGUGACUGAAAGUGGUACAGUGGCGGCAUCAGCCACCGUCAUAGGUUUGGAGACGAGACGUUUGGGACAAAAAUUUGUGGCCAAUAAAGAAUUUGUGUAUUUAAUUGUCGAAAGGUGUUCAAGUGCUAUUCUAUUCGCUGGAGUGUACGAAGAUCCUACGCUAUUUUGAAAUAUGUUACCAUGAACAAUUUUAAUGAAUUUAUUAGUGUUAAUUAAUAAAAUAUUUAUAAUAUUAUAAAUA